AUGCAGAAGAAAGAGAAAGAAAAACGGCCAAAGAGAGAGAAGCACAUCAAGAGGCAGGAAGAUCCUCCACCCAACCUUCAUCAUCGGUUGGGGGAGUUUCCUCAAACUCAAUGUCCUCUACUUCUUCGUCAGAGGGAAGAGGAGGAGAUUUUCCGGACGAUCCUCCACCAGCGCCGUUCGACAUCCUCCACCUCCGGACCAACCACCACCACGACCUCUGGACCAACAAGCGACAACACCACCACUGGACCAUCAACUGCCAACAUCACCACCGGACCAACAACAACCACCACCUCCGGACCAACAACGACCAUCACCUCCGGACCACCAACCACCAGCACCUCCGGACCAUCGGCCACUCCUCCUCCUGCCCCAGCAGCCCUGCAGGCAGCCCCUGGUGGUGCUCAACUGCCGCAGCCUCGACCGGCCAGGCGGCGCCAGUGGGCGCUUGUUGCUGACCCUGGACUGAUCGUCGUUGGCAAGCGGCAGAGGCGAGCGCCGGAGCGCUACCAGGUCCCUGCAGACUCCCUGCAUCAAAACAUUGAUGCAGAUGCAGAUUUAGAUGCUACCACACCACCCAACUCUCCUUCGGCGGCCGGACCAUCCUCCACCAGCGCCGGUUCGACAUCCUCCACCUCCGGACCAAUCACCACCACGACCUCUGGACCAACAAGCGACAACACCACCACUGGACCAUCAACUGCCAACAUCACCACCGGACCAACAACAACCACCACCUCCGGACCAACAACGACCAUCACCUCCGGACCAACAACCACCACCACCUCCGGACCAUCGGUCACUCCUCCUCCUGCCCCAGCAGCCCUGCAGGCAGCCCCUGGUGGUGCUCAACUGCCGCAGCCUCGACCGGCCAGGCGGCGCCAAUGGGCGCUUGUUGCUGACCCUGGACUGAUCGUCGUUGGCAAGCGGCAGAGGCGAGCGCCGGAGCGCUACCUGGCCCCCGCAGACUCCCUGCAUGACGUCGUGGAUGCCGCUUCAUCGCCGACCAUGGACAUCCUCCCAGCUUCGUCCUCCUCCGCCAUCCCUCGGACGGCUCGCCGCGGACGGCGGCUUUCCUCUUCCUUCUCCUCAGAGCCACAGGAGGACAUCGGCAUGGAUGCCGUCAACCUGGACUUUGCCGUGCCAGUGCCGGAUUUCGCCGCCCCGGACCCUGCACCGCCAUCGGACGUCAUCCCCCCACCUGCCGCGAGUCGUCCUGCUGCGGCGGGUGAUGGGGACGUGGCAGCGAAGCGGCGGCGCCGCCCCGUAUUGCCACCGCCGCCCUGCUUGCCGCCCCGGCGAGCGGUGCGCCCGGUCCAGCGGUACCAGGCGCCGGCCAAUUCGCUGCCUCGCCCCCGCCCCCCAGCAGGCGUCCGCGACAGCGGGCUGCCACCUACCGGCCCGCCUCACGGGGGAUUCCUUCGAUCGAUCCGGUGA